GUCGGUCUCCAGUAUUUACCAGAAACGGCGGUGUUUUCCAUUGUCUACGCAUCUACCAAAAUCAAAAUCCACCGAAGAACCCUAGAAAUCGUUUUUUCUAUACAAAACUCGAAAGUAGAGGUCGAUUUAUUUCUUCUCCGACAAAUCACCAUCUUGGUUUUAUUGCCAUAGUCUUUCAAUUACCACAAGUAUGUUACUGUGUUCAACUCCUCUCAUCACUGUAAUCGAACCUGAAUGAUAUUUCAGAAUUCAGAGUCUCAAUCUCCCAACUUAGUUCCUUGAAUUCGAAAAAGGCAGUUUCUGUUAUCCAUGAUGCCAAACUGGUCUCAGCUCCCGGAAGAGCUACUCAACCUUAUCUCCAAGAAUCUAGACAACUGUUUUGAUGUCGUUCAUGCUCGAUCUAUUUGUCGUUCGUGGCGAUCCGCAUUUCCCUUUCCUUCUAGCUUAUCAACCCUAAGUUACUCUCUUCCCACGUUUGCUAAGUUCCCAUUAGUAAGCAAAGACUUGUGUACACUCAAGAAGAUCCAAAUCUUCCUCUUUAGAGCUCGAAACCCUGCUGCUGAUAUACCCGAGUAUUUUCUUGGAGGAAUAGACCAAGAUCAGUCAAAUGAUCAUAUGGAACUUCCAUCUCCUCUUCAAUGUUCUGUGAAAGUGAAGUUCCCACAAUCUGAUCCAUUCUUGGUGAACAUGCUUGACUACCAGAUCAUUCCUUUAGGCUUUCAAUACAUAAUGAUCGGUUGGGAUCCUGAAUCAUUGGCAAAUGGUUACGUAGGCGUUGCUUUUCUUCCGGUAAAGAAGAACGGAGGAGACGAAUUCGUUGUGCUUCUUCGCUACCGUAAUCAUUUGUUGGUGUUGAGAAGUUCUGAAAUGAGGUGGAUGAAGGUCAAGAAAACCUCCAUUGCUUCAUGCAAGGGUUUAGUCAGUUUUAGAGGUAGAUUUUAUGUAACUUUUCUUAACGGGGACAUUUACGUUUUCGAUCCUUAUUCGUUGGAACAGACUCUCCUGAUGCCCUCAGAGCCUCUGCGCUCGAGCAAGUAUCUGAUUCCAAAUGGCAGUGAUGAGCUUUUCCUGGUUGAGAAGUUCAACCCAUUUCCUGAAGCUGAUGUAUUGGAUUUGAGUCGGUUCGCAUGUAGAGUGAGUAGGCUAGAUGAGGAGGCUGGUCAAUGGGUUGAGGUGAUCGAUUUGGGAGACCGUGUGUUGUUUAUUGGACACUUUGGAAAUGUCUGCUGCUCAGCUAAGGAGCUUCCUGAUGGUUGUGGUGUGAGUGGGAACUCAAUUUUGUUCACCAAUGAGCCAGGCUAUGUAACGUUUGCCUAUAAAUACGGAGUACAUACAGGAAGGGCGGAAGACGAACUUAAUAUUUGGAGAUUCUCAAGAGAAAUACGAGUAAUGAUCGUCAACACAUUUCCUGUUGUGGCUCUUCGGCUUGAGAGGCAAGCUGAAAAUCUCGCUUUGGAUACCUGAGACGUACUGUUGGUUCUGUUUUUAUUAGAUUUUGUGAUCUUUAAUGGUACCCUUUGUUCUGAAGUGUGUAUGUUGUGUCACUGUGAUAUGAUGAUGACUAGAAUACUUGUCUUUGAGUUUUAAUAUUUGUUUUGUUCUCAACUUUCUUGUUAUCAACAUCAGACAAAUAUGUCUAUAAAAAUGGUUGUCUCAUGAACUCUAAAAGCUGUCUGGCUGUGUUUUUGCUAUCACAUGGCCGUGUGUUCGAAAGAAAUCCGUUUUUGUCCCAAAGUCAGAUGAGUAGCCCAACUCCAUAUAGUCGAUAUAUGCAGCAGAUGCACA